AUGAACAUGCCAUUGGGUCACCUGAGAGUGGCCUUCCUGGGCCCCCGCGCAUCCUUCUCGCAUCAGGCCGCCGCCGAGUCCUUCGGUCGUACUUCUGCCGACUUGCUUCCUCAUGUCUCCUUCGCCGAUGCCUUUUCUGCCCUUCAACAGCAAGAAGCCGACUACGCCGUCAUCCCUUUCGAGAAUUCCACCAACGGGUCUGUCGUCCAGACUCUCGACCUUCUCGCGGAUCGCAAUGACUUAUAUAAAGACGUAAAAGUGUGUGGAGAGUACUACUUGACGGUACAUCACUGCCUACUAGUCCGCAAGGGCACAUAUCCCUCCGGCUGGGAGGGCUACGACGGCUCGAUCACUAAAUUAUAUACUCACCCACAAGCAUGGGGCCAAUGUGAGCAGUUGCUCUCUCAAUAUUUCAAGGGUGUGGAGAGACAAGAUGUCUCGUCCACAUCAAAAGGUGCCGAGAUCGUCUCGAAAGAGACGGAGGAGCGUGGUGCAGCCAUCGCCAGCCGAUUUGCAGCGGAAUACCACGGCGUGGAUGUCUUGAAGGAGAAUAUUGAGGAUCGAGCGGAUAACACCACCCGCUUCCUGAUUUUGAGGAACAUGCGCGCUGAACGCACGGCGCAGCUGGAACUGGAACAGCCAAAUGUGCUCGGGCAGGAUCGACCUGCCGCUCCCACCACCCGCAAGACGUUGAUCUCGUUUGCGAUUGACCAUUCCCUUCCUGGUGCAUUGGCGAACGCACUGCUGAUCUUCAAGGCCCACGGUCUGAACCUCACCAGUAUCAACACGAGACCCAGCUUGAAACGGGCUUGGCAAUACAUCUUCUUUGUGGAGUGUGGACGGACUCCCUCUGACGAGAACAAAGAGGCUGUCCAUAAAGCCUUGGAUGAUCUUCGGCAUGUCACCGAGUUCUGCAGGGAUUUGGGAACCUGGAAUGAUCAGCUUGGCUGA